AUGCCUCAAACAGGAGCAACCCGACGACAAAAAUUUCUCAAAUCAGAGAAGUCCAAAACAAAAUUAAAAGGUAAAAACAAGGAACUUCCAAAAGGUACAAAUGUGACCAAGACGAACUUUAAAGUAAAGAAAAUCGUGCUAAGAGAACAGCUGAAAAAGCAUGGUGAAACAGAAGCAUUAUCUACAAGAAAACUUAAUAUAAAGGAACUUCUGUCACGUCUCAACCAUUUCAACACUCACUCUCGGACUGAUGCACUAAAUGGAAUAAAAGAACUCAUUGAAUUUCAUCCUGAAGUAUUGGAAACCAAUCUAGGAGAAUUAGUUCAUGGAGUAACACCUUUAGUAUUGAAUAUUGAGAAAGUUGUGCGACAUGAAUCCUUGAAGACUUUACAUGUAAUCCUCUCAAAAGCAAAUAUAGAAAGGAUUGAUCCCUUUUUCGACAUCAUGUGUACUUAUCUAAGGAGUGCUAUGACUCACAUAGAUGGCAGAAUACAAGAGGAUUCCCUACUGUUUCUAGAUACACUACUCCUGUGUACACCUGUAAAAGUUGCACAGGAUUUCCACAAAAUAAUACCAAACUUUCUAGACAUGAUAUCAAAGUUAAGGAUUGAUUCAAAGCCAGGAAGAACACUAACUGUUAAUUUGGGAAGCCAAAUUACUAGCGUGAAAUGGAGAGUCAAAGUAUUACACCGCCUCAAAGACUACCUGCAAGAGUUUGUGAAAUACAACAAAAUUCAAGAUUAUGAAGGACCAGUUGCUAACACAACUAAGAUAUUUGAUGCCUCUAAAAUGAACCACUAUUCUUUGUUUAAUCCAAGUUACAUACAGAAGUGUCCACUAUCUUGCUUCUCUUCUAAAAACCUACAGGAAACAGUGCCAUUGGAUGAAGUAGAAAAAUUCAGAGAAUAUACUGACACUUUGAUGCCUUUGUUAUUUGAAACAUGGUUGGAAGUAUGUCCUAAUGUCAGUUCAGAGAAAAACAUUGAAACUGUGGUCAGUGAAGAUGCAGCUGCCUUACUCAACCACACCCUUGAUGUCAUAUCAUUGAUCUGGUCACUUGUUAAACAUUUCAACAUAAAAAGCUCAAGCUCUAACAUACAGCAUACAUUUUCACAAAAAUACAGGCAGCCAUAUUUACAACACUUUGUCAAUGCUUUCCCUUAUGUCACGAACAUAAAGACCAAACAAAGAAAUGUAACAAGUUCAGAAUUUGAAAACACUAUCACAGACCCCAAGUUAGUUGCCCAGAAUUUGGUAAUAUGUGAACUGUUUAUUUUACUAAAUCCAAACAUUAAUGUGAAAAUCCAAAACAAGGAUGUUGUGUCCGUACUGAAGUAUAUUGAGAAAACUUUUAAUAAGAACACUCAAGUUGAAAUUAAUGACAUAAUCAUUAAGAUUUUACACACAAUAUUCUCAAAUGAAGUAAAUAAUUGGACCAGAACUAUUUCAGUGAUGAACGAUUUAUUUCAAAAGAUUGUUUGGGCAUAUUUUAAUAAGGAAUUGUCUAGCUCGUUUAGACAAAAGAUAUUUAGCCUUUUAUGUAAGAUUGCUCUGAAUGAAAAACUGAGCCAUUUCCAUGAUUGUGAUGCUUACAACACUUGGGUAAAAAAUCUGCCGGAUAUUUUGCUGGAGAAAACAGUGUCUGUUCAAACGGUAGACAUCCUUCACAAGUUUGCUGUUAGAAAUAACCAUACAUUCAAUAUGGUUGUUAGGCCAAAGUUAUUAGAAAUAGUACAGAAUCUGCCCGACAUUAUUAUAUCUGAUGUAGACAGUAAUCAAAGUAGCUAUUACAAGCUAUUUUCACUGCUGUACUAUGUUAAAAAAUGGGAUGAUGAGACUCUAAAUUUACUUAGAGAUCAAAUAAUAAAUAGUGUUUAUAAAAGCGAUUAUAAUAACUACAUAUUUGAAACAUUAAAAUUGAAAUCAGGUGAAAUUUAA